CUCACCCUGCACCGGCACCAAGCGGUACCGGGCUCCCCCACCACCCGCCGUUUUCUCCUUCUUCUCUUUUUUUUUUUUUCUCCCCUCUCCUCCACCCUCCUGCAGCGAGUUAAAUGUUUCUUUUGUUAACUGACUCCCUAAGUGUUCCCAAUCCCCUGUCCGCGCACCCGGGCCGGGCGAGGACGGUGCCCGCCCAGAUCCGCUCGGUGGAGCAGCACAGAUCCGCGGGGCUGGCGGCUGUGUGCGUGAGGAGGAGGUGGUGUAAAGAGCGACGAGCACAAAGCACAUUUGAGAGGAAUAAUUUAGCUCCGGUGUUUGUUGUUUUUCGUGAGUCUGGUUUUUCCCUUCUCCUUUCUAUCUUUUUUUUGCUCACGAUUUAAAUGUCACUCAAAGCAUCUCCAGAUCAGCUUUCCGCUCGUCGCCUGUUUCUUCCGAGGCAUUAACUGGAUCACACGCUGCGUUUGAAGAGCUUGGGUGUUUUAACCGCUAAGGAAAUUUGCUCCAUCUCCAGCAGCAACCACUGCUCCUUUUGAUGUUGUGGUACGCCGUGCGCAUGCGCUUCACAUUAGAAUUACUGCACUGGCCAGAAUAAGUUGGAUCUCUUCUUCUCUUCACUGAAACCCUAAAUCAUAUCAAAAGCUAAAGGGAUGCUGAGAGUCCGGAGAAAGGGUUACUUUGGGAUUUGGUCAUUCCCUUUAAUAAUAGCCGUGGUGUGCGCACAGAGUGUCAAUGACCCUAGUAAUAUGUCACUGGUGAAAGAGACCGUGGAUAGACUGCUGAAGGGCUAUGAUAUUCGCUUGAGGCCAGAUUUUGGAGGUCCCCCAGUGGCUGUGGGCAUGAACAUAGACAUUGCCAGUAUAGAUAUGGUCUCGGAAGUCAAUAUGGACUAUACCUUGACAAUGUACUUUCAGCAAGCGUGGAGGGAUAAGAGGCUGUCCUACAAUGUGAUCCCUCUAAACCUUACUCUGGACAACAGAGUAGCUGACCAGCUGUGGGUGCCAGACACCUAUUUCCUGAAUGACAAGAAGUCCUUUGUCCAUGGGGUCACAGUGAAGAACAGGAUGAUUCGUUUGCAUCCAGAUGGAACAGUCCUUUAUGGACUCAGAAUUACCACAACAGCUGCCUGCAUGAUGGACCUCCGGAGAUAUCCGCUGGAUGAGCAGAACUGCACGCUGGAGAUUGAAAGCUAUGGCUAUACCACAGAUGACAUCGAGUUUUACUGGCGUGGGGGUGAUAAUGCUGUCACAGGAGUGACCAAGAUCGAGCUGCCACAGUUCUCCAUUGUAGACUACAAGCUUAUCACCAAGAAUGUUGUUUUCUCUACAGGUGCCUACCCAAGGCUGUCUCUCAGCUUUAAACUUAAGAGAAACAUUGGCUACUUCAUUCUGCAGACCUACAUGCCUUCUAUUCUGAUCACUAUCCUGUCCUGGGUUUCCUUCUGGAUUAAUUAUGAUGCUUCAGCUGCAAGAGUUGCUUUAGGAAUCACAACUGUGCUCACAAUGACAACAAUUAACACCCAUCUCCGAGAGACUCUUCCCAAAAUUCCAUAUGUGAAAGCCAUCGAUAUGUACCUUAUGGGCUGUUUUGUCUUCGUUUUCAUGGCUCUGCUGGAGUAUGCUUUGGUCAACUACAUCUUCUUUGGCAGGGGCCCCCAGCGGCAGAAGAAAGCGGCAGAAAAAGCUGCCAGUGCCAACAACGAGAAGCUGCGGAUGGACGUCAACAAGGACAGAAGAAUAAUUGGCACAUAUCAUUGUCCAGAAAUGUAUUCAACAAAGAUGGACCCGCACGAAAACAUUUUGUUGAGCACACUAGAGAUUAAGAACGAGAUGGCUGCCUCGGAGGCCGUGAUGGGGCUGGGAGACCCCCGGAGCACCAUGCUGGCCUACGACACCUCCAGCAUCCAGUACCGCAAGGCCGGGCUGCCCCGGCACAGCUUCGGCCGCAACGCCCUGGAGAGACACGUGGCACAGAAGAAGAGCCGGCUACGGAGGAGGGCCUCGCAGCUGAAAAUCACCAUCCCUGACUUGACUGAUGUCAAUGCCAUAGAUCGGUGGUCCCGCAUCUUCUUCCCCGUGGUUUUUUCCUUCUUCAAUAUUGUCUAUUGGCUUUACUAUGUGAACUAAGAAACAAAGCCACACAGGAAGCAAGAACUGGAUUUCUCUUCAAAUCGGUUGUACAGCCAAAAGUGGGACUUAGAAAAAUUCUCUUCAGGACAAAAAGUUACUUUAAAACACCUUAGUUGCUGGCCCACUCUAUGGUCUGUUUUUAUAACGUUUUGGUUGUCUCUGCUAAACCGUGUAUAUGUUAAGUUGCGGUAUGGACAUAUCCCCCUAUCAAAAUAUAAGUGCAUUUUGAUGUGAAGGCAAAUUGGAUUUUGAAACUAAUUUCUGUCUCAUUGUCCCUCACUCCCUUUUUAUUUUUUUGGUCCUUUUUUCAGUUUAGUGCUACAAAUUAUAGAGCAGCAUUUGAGAAACAAGUUUGAAUUUCAACAGCAGUACAUGCCAUUCCCAGGGAAACUGCAUAUCUGAGGUAUGCAUCUACACUGCAAAGGGUGUACUAAGUUGUUGUCACGCUUAUAGAACAUACACACUUUACUUUUCAAAUGUGUAAACUUGAAAACAAGUAGUGCCUAUCAUCUUUCCAAGAUGAUGAUGGUCAGAGGUUUCCCAACCACAUUCAGGUAUUUCCUUUUAUUUAUUGAAAGAAUUAAACCUUUGACUGAUAAUUUUAGGGUUGGGUGUUUGCACAGAAGCUGAAGCGAGAAGCACUAGUUUUGUUUGUAUUUAAAGAGAGAACAUAAACUUACACUCACAGUGACCACAGUUGUGAUCAAUAGAGGAAUGUAGCAACAGGGUAAAAAUGCAUCAGUGAUGAAGGGGUAGAUAAAUAUUCUGCUGGGCUGGAUUGGGGAAAGUGCCAAAAUUGGUUGCCCAAAUAGUAAUUCUGUAGAUGGCUGAAGGAAACCAGGGGUGCCCUGCCUUUCUCUAGGGCAGGUAGAGCUCGAGAGCGAUUACAGAGUCCGGGGGCAAGGAGAGGAAAGGCUGCAUUACAGAGAAGUGUGUGUGUGUACACAUCCAUGUAUUGCACUGUGCAAAGGAGUGUUGGCAGUUGGACCUUAGUCUCAAAUAGUCGUGUGGAGUUGUGUGAUUUCUUCCAAGUUUGCAUCUUUCCAGCGUUAUUCCUGCUGCUGUUGGUUAAAGGUGUUGUAGUUCUUCCAGAAGUAAAGAUCCCAGCAGAUGUAUUUCCAUACAAGAACUACUGACAGGGUAUUUUCUCAGUCUGGAUUAGGCAAUACCAUUUCACUUUUAGUUUUCCUUAAUGCACUGUUUUAAGGGAAAGAAAUUGGUAGCAAUGACUUUAAGAGUUUAAUUCACUCUUGAGUGUUUCCUGUUUAGGAUGACUUCCAUUGAAAAACUGGCAAAUUUCAGUUUUUCUUUAGGCAACCAUUUGAAAUAAAAGGUUGGGGUUUUUUUCAUUCCAUAGAACCUUUUACAGAUGAAAUAGAAUAGACAAAAAAUAAUGUAGACAAAAAUAAUUUAGUAAUUUAUUCCACUGUGGGACAUUUUCUUUAAUGAAAAAAGAACUCUAAUGAAAAUUCAUUUUCUUUAAUGAAUCAAAAGAACUGUAUAAAAAGUAUAAAUUCUUCAUGGCUUUUACUAAAUCAGAUCCCCUGAUAUUAUUCAACACAUGAUGUUUCAAGAAGCAAAAGGCACAUCUUUUGCAUCCAUACUACCUCUUAUCUGUACAAAUCUUUGAAAGAAACUAGAUAAUAAAGGGUUUUUUAAGGAGAGAAAUAUAUCUUGAGAAUAUUUUUCAUAAAAUAUUUUCUUUUAAUUUUUUGUUCUUUAAAAGAAUAAUUUUCUUACAAGUUUCUGAGGAUUUUUUUUCCCUGAUUGUCAAUGAAUGACAGUGAUAGGAAGAGAAUAGUUCUGGGAACUAAUAGGCCAAUUUUCUGACUUUGUUUUGAGCAUCUCAUGUGCUUAUUUCUGCUUCAAAUGGGAGGGGACGGUUUCUGAGCCUGAGCUGGGAUUUGCCAUCCCCACUCCGUGGCAGGAACUUGUGUGGACGUUCACGUGCUGCCUCCAGGUUCAGACUCUGCACUAGGGACAGACUCACCAUGGGAUUCACUCUGCCAGUCAGGGUUUGGCACUUUGUUCACGCUUAACCUCUGACUGCAUUUCACGCACGACGCAAUAACCUUUGUAGAUGCACUUGGAAUUUCAACUGCUAGCUGUGAAUCACACUGCAAUUUUUUCCCAGUUCUAAGAAAUGGAACCACAGCAAAAUUCAGUAUUUCUCUUCAAGGUCUGUUCUUUAAAAAUGGUACUAAUAACCCUAAAUAAAAGCAGUAUAAUAGUAUUCCUCCGUAAAGGUUUUUCUUUCGCUUCUGAAAUUGCUGCUGACUGCUGUUCUACUUCCCAGAAGCAGAGUGUGACUGCAGGGAGCUCCCAGCCUGCCUGGGGUUGGUACCAGCAAAUCCAAGACCUUACAGGGAAUUGCUGACUCUCUGCCCUGGUUUGCUCCAGCUGUUACCAGACCCACAGAGAUCGACCCCUGGAACUGCACAUUCUCUUACUGAAGCUCCAGAACAAGCCAUAACACUCUCUGAUGUUGCUGUUCAGAGAGUGAAAGAAAAUGUUUGGUUUCUGCUCAGGUGUCUCUAGGAAAGAUAAAUUAUCUGGGGGGAAGGAGCACUUUUGCUUUUCCUAUGUCCUUCUGGCUAUUAAUGUGAUGUAUAAAAAUUAGUAAAAGAGAAGGAUUCUAUCAUUUUGUACCAAGGCUUAACACUGUGAUAUAAAGAGUGGGGGUGAGGAAGGCUGGUGAGGCCCUGUCCAAGGAAAAGGGAACUUGAGCCCAGGGUGAGCCCUUACUCCUCUCCCGAGGUGCUUGAGUGAAAGGGAGAAAUUCUGUCGACAUACGAGAUAUGGGGUUUGCUACGUGUGCUCCCCUCCAGGUAAACUAGAAUAAAUUUGUUUUUAUUUUAGAAUUGACCGAAAAUUAAUAUUCUAGAUCUUUUUAAUCGUGUUAAUUGUUCUUAGUUUCAAUAAACAAAAUAUCAAAGUGAAUAAUUUAGAUAAAACUUGUAAUAUAAUUAUAGUUGCACAUUUUAUCGUCCUAUUAGACAUAAUAGCCAGCAAAUAAGGUGUUUUUCAUCUUUGUGAAAUUCAUGGGUGAAUUAUGACUAUAACAUGGCACAGUUUUAAUGAAAUAUUUGAGAUCAAUCUGUAAAUAUAUACUGUACAUGACUGCUAGUAAGUGAUACACAUUUUCAGAACUGAAAAUUCAUGCAACAUGUUUCUGUGUUUGCAUAAGGAAUGUUAUGUUUCUAUCCUAUCGCAGUUCAGUGACUGGGAAGAAAGACUCAAGCAAUGACAUUGUGACCAUUUCUUUUCUCAUUCCCAGGGGAGGAAAACAGAGUGUUAGAUCACAGCAUGUCACAGUGUUCUUCAGAGAGUUCUUACAUCCUAACAAAAAGGACAUGAAAUCUGUAAGGUACAAAAGCACAAUGCAUAGAGAAAAUGAGUGGUGGUCUUACACCUGGGGAAAAUACCCUCUUUAUUUCAGAAAAAUAUGCAUUAAAAUUAAACCUCAGUUAAUUUUCUCUAUAAUUAUCAGACUGUGUUGCAGUUCUGUAACACAGUAGUAAACACAAGUGAAAGGAUGUUAAACAUUAUCCAACUGUCUGUGCAUAUGGACAUUCCUGCCUGUCUGUAUGGACACACGUGUGUAUAUAUACACAGAGGAGUAUAUAUAUGCACACCCUUUCAUAUCUUGGUGUGUUAAAGGAAUAAGCUAAUACUAGUUUUGUUUCUACCAUCAACCAGUGUACGAAUAUAUUUUUGACAAAAAGAGAUUCAUGUAUUUCAAAAAACCAAACAACUUACUCUACAGGGUAACUGGGCAUUUCUAGAUCAGCAGCUCAAUGCUUAGGUUUGUCUGGAGCAUUGCACCAUUGGUGGUGACAGUACUGUACCUCCUGCAUCUGGAACUAGACUAGUCCUCACAUUGCUUGCCUAUUUCUUCUCUCUUUUUAUAAGAGCAUUGUCCACUAGUAAGUUUUCAAAAGCAACCAAUUCCUUAGGGAACCAAGAAAAAAAGAGGCAAAAAUAGUAACUAUUUCUAGAAAAUAAUCUAGGGUGGGAUGGCCAGGGUACAAUACUAUAUCAGUAGUGAUCAUAACAUUUUGCUAUGUGUACAUAGAACAUCCAUUGUGAGCAACCAUAACUUAAGCUGAACGUGUGUAAAUAUUAUCAGAUUUCUUAAACAUUUUUAACUUCUAAUUUGUACUUUAUGGUAAGGCAAAAAGCUAAUUCUACUUAUGGUUUAGGUUAAUGUGUCCUAAAUUAUGUAAAUAAUUAAAUAAGCUGUAAAUGAGCAGUCGAUAGAUACAGUAUUUGUUUAGUGACUUUUUUUUACUAAGUACAAGAAUUGCAGUGCUCUAGCAGAGUAAUUUAAACACCCUUUUGCAUAAACAGAUUUGGACUCCAGAUAUAAAAUAGUACAGAAAGUGCUGUGGUGUAAAAUAGCCAUGGUGGCAAUGUUCCUGCUGGCACAGUUGUCUCUCUUGGAUGGUUACAGUGUUCAGGCAGCAGAAGUAGCUUGGACUCAGAACUGGGAUCAGCACUGAAUAAAGGGCCUGGUUUUCACUUGCCAUGGGGCACCUCAGUGUUGCUCCAGGGAUGGAGAGGUGAAGGAUCCAGGGUAAGUGAGAACUGAGCUGGUGGUGAUUUCAUUGCAGAAGCUGCAUAUUGCUCUGUCUGUCUCUGAAAUCUGUAUCUCUUAUGGUAUCUAAUAGUAGACUUCUAUUUUUCUUUAAAAAAAAAAAAAAGUUUGACUGUCGUUAGAUAGCAAAGUCCCCCAAAGCCAAAGAAUCUUCUCUCCAGAAAUUGUUUAAAAGGGAAAUCUAAUAAGUCACUGCUUAACACCAAAGGUAAAGCUUAAUAAAAUGCACUAGGAACUUUGUCUAAAUUUUUAAGAAGCAAAUGGAAUGUUGAUGAUCAAAAAGACUGCCCUGUUCUACUUUGUAAAAAUAGUAAUAAUUUAAAUAUCCAUUAUAUAAAAUUGAAAUAGAUCAUCUCUACAAGUAUAUGCAACACUAACAUUUCAUAAGUAUAAAAUUAUUUUCUUUGUAAGUGCUUUGAGAAAAAAUGAAACUUAAAUGAUUAAAAAUCUCACCUCUACUUUCAUACUAAGGGUUGUAUUUUUUUAAUGUUUUUCAGACAUGAGGUCAUCUAUUCCAAUUUGAUAGCAUUUUGUAUGUUUUCACUGUUGCUGUCGUUUGGCAGAUCCUCACCAGGCUGUAUUGUUUGUGGUCUGUCCUGUUACUUUAAGUUGAAGACAAAAAGAACAUUUGAAACAUGAUUAAUUCUGACAAACUGCUUAUGAUUUGACUUGUUUCACGUUUUUAUUUGCAUGGGUGUUUAAAUGGUUCUGUUAGUACUGUCUUUGCACAAUUCUGAUUUAUCUUUUUUUUACUUAGUACUUUUUAUUUCAUAAUGUAGUAAUCAUCAGCCUUACUAAUGACCUUGUAGCCUUUCUUAUAUGCACAUAAUGCACAUUUUCCAAUGGCUAGAAAAUGCAAAAUACUAGUGGAUAUCAUUGCAUCAGAUCUUCAUGUCUUUCUCAAAAGGACUGCUAACCUCUGGGAUAUAUGAGGUAGUAAAAUGAUGAUUGUAAAUGAGUAGCACAUAAGAGAUAUUUUCUUGAAUUUAAAAUUAUUGCAGCCAGUUUCAGCAUGUAAAUAUAUAAUAAUGUUGGCUAGUGUGUAAUUCUUGAAUUAAAAAAUAUAAAUAAAGAAAACCUAAAAUAUGUA